UAGUGAGUUCCAGGCAAGCAUUGCUCCUUGCUUUCCACAGACACCAUCAUUUGACUACUCCUAUUGUCUGUCACCUUUCUCAAUUCGACCAUCCCUUCCUGCUUAUAAUCUCAGUUCAUUCCCUUGUUCAGAGGAAAGAAAGAGAUGGCUGGGCUGCAGAGGUCGGUGCAAACCUUCAGGAGGUCAGGCUCGUCGGGGCUGAUCUGGGACGAGCUCUUCCUCACAGAGGGUGGCGGCGCCGUGGGGCCUAGGCCGGAGCUGCGGAAUUCGCGGAGCGUUGGGAGCAUCGGCGCGCUAAGGCGCCGCGGCCGCGACGAAGGGGGAGGCAUCGAGGACAAGAAGAGGAAGCUGGCGCUGGUCAAGCAGAAGCAGAAGGGACACCAGAAGCAGGAGGAGAAGGCGUUCCGUACGAGGGACGUGGCCCCGGCCGUCGACCCGCCGUCGCCGAGGGUGUCCGGCUGCUGCCCGCCCUGCACCAUCUUCUAGGGCUCCGGCACCGGCAACGCUCGUCGGCGCGGUGAGCCAAGCCCAGCAAGCGGUAGGAGACACCAUGCAUCAAUCAAGUGAAGUGCACGUUCUGAACCAUCUGAUAUAUGUGUUACUGCAAACUUGUCAUGUGUACCAUUAGGGAUUAAAAUUUUGCUGAAAUUUUUCGUGAACUU